AUGAAGGCCCAGCUUCAAGAGCUCAUCGGCAUCAUCAAGGCCCGUGAUGAUAUCCAGGUCCACCAAGGGAUCCGUGAAGAGGUUGAAACUGCCAACCGUUUCGAGAACAGCUCAUCAGUGGCGUUGUUCAGCAACUUGCCGGCAAUUCAGAGGGAUGUGCCAAGGCCAUAUGUCAAGGUGACCCCCCAAGAAGGACCUUCCUCCCAACAAUGGCACAGCUGCCAAUAA